CAGUUCGCAGGACGCAGGAAAGUUUUCUGCAGACAAAUGUUUGCCGCUUUUCUUCUCCACCGCGACCGAGUCCGCUUAGAAACUCCCCAAAACUGAGCCGCAGGUGCACAGCGGGCUACGCACACUCCGACCAAGCACAAGGGCACCGAAGAAGCUCUUCGCUGAGUAACAGAGGAAGAGAGGAGGAAGGGAGAGAGAGAGUGAGAGAGAGAGACUGAGAUAGAGAUCCUAUCUCACUCUCCCAGUUGAGGUUUUCAGCGGAUCGAGUCCAGCGUCGCAACUGCAGGACAAUGUCUAGUAAAGCGACUUUAGCACUAUUCAUCUAUGGAAUCAUAAUGCAUUACAGCGUCAACAGCUCACCUGUGGGGCUUAGCUUUCCCAGUCUUAGACUUGACGGCGAUGUUUAUGAUGAGGACGGCAAUUCCUUACCGUCCCUGGAUUACGACAGAGAUCAAAUUGAGGCGAGGAGCGCUCCGUCUGUCGCUGACGACGUCUACACUUUGUACUACCCUCCGGAAAAAAGAACGGAAAGACAUGCAGACGGCAUGUUUAAUAAAGCCUACAGGAAAGCGCUGGGUCAGUUAUCCGCAAGGAAAUACCUUCAUUCUCUGAUGGCAAAACGUGUAGGCGGGGGGAAAAUGUUGGAUGACAGCUCAGAGCCCCUCUCCAAGCGACACUCAGAUGGGAUCUUCACAGACAGCUACAGCCGCUACAGAAAGCAAAUGGCAGUCAAGAAAUACCUGGCGGCGGUCCUUGGGAAAAGCCUUGAAGACAUAGGUUUUCACCAUAUCCUACAAGAAAUAGACUUUGAUGCCCUCCCGGACGGGGAUGAGUUUGAGGCUUUUUUGGGAGAAUGGCUGAAACAGUUCUCUCCCGAAAUCCCGGUGAGUUUCAGGCUCUUUCCUGAGGCCGUGUCCUUGCAAGGGGCUUCUUACGCCCCUCCUUUUUUUCCCUCCUCACCUUCAGCUCUCGUUUCAAACACUCAAAACUCAACCUCUUCUUCCACCUCAUCUGUGCUCCUGUCUCUCUAGACUCUCACAGAUUUUUACUUUUAAUUAACCCAUCUAUCCACAAAAAAAAAGUGUGGAGAGAUGAUAAAAAGAGUAAUUUUAGUUGGCUGGCAAAAAAUGCCAAUUUUGUUAAAGUAAAUUUGGGAGGCUUGUCAAAAUAAAAGCCUCCAAAUCUGAGCUGAAGACCAGAGUACUUUUGAGGUUUUUCUUGCCCUUUUCUUCCUCGGUGUUUACAAAGUGAGCACACACACACACACACACACACACACACACACACACACACACACACACACACACACACACACACACACACACACACACACACACCUUUGACUCGUGUAAAGUGCCAAUCUUGUGUUUUCUGGAUUCUGUGUUUUGGAAACCUCUUAUUCUGCUAAAGGUUUUCUCACGCCUCUCUGCCCAUAUAAUAAGUAUCACUAACAUCUCAAGCACCAUCAGGCAAAUUUAAAAGAAAAAAAGAAAGAAAUGAUACUUGUUACAUGGUAACUUAUUCAUCAGUUUGUUCUUUGUGAGAGACAUAACGAGGCAGUUUGAAGCUUUGUGUUUGAACCUUCUGGGUCUAUUGUGCUUCCAUUCUCUGUCAUGUGAACCGAUGUAAAAACUACAGUAGAUUGCAUGAUUAAAGUAAUUGCACUAGCCACCGCAUCUGUGCAGACGACUCCAACUAGAUGGUUUUGCUUGCUUUCUGACUACUACAAACAUACACGCCUUUCAUUUCUGGAUGUUGUUUUGUGUUCUGUUCUCUUCACUUUUCCCUCACAUUUCUACACAAAGCUGUAUGUCCUCUCUGAAUGCACUGGCAAGAGUUUCCCAAUCUAAUGACAUACUUUAUGGGUUUGUUAAUUAGGCAAGGGAGAUUUUUGUAAUCUACUGUUGAAUUGUGUGCGAGAAAAAAUAACUGUGGACGAUUCAUUUUCUGGUAUCUUUAUACGGCAAAAGCCACAAUGAUUGAUUAUAUUUAAAAAAAGAGAGUGAGGAUAUGAUGUAAGCGGGGUUAGAAACACACAAAGAGAACUGAAGUAAGGGAAGCAGGGGUGGGUCAAAUGACAAAGAACAUGCUGAUUUUGAAAGGGAUCAGGGCAAGUUUAUACAACCAGC